UGUUCACUUCCCUAUUUUUACCGUAAGAGCUCAGCUCAGACAAAUCUUCAUGAACUCACUUUCACUUCAUAAACCUGUUGGUAUGAGCUUGUCAAGAUGUUUGCCUGAUUUCUGUGAUUUCACUUAUUUGGAUUAAUGAGGGAUUACUUUCACAUAAUAUGCAGUUGGAUCUAAAUUUCUCCAAUAUGUCAGUGGAAUCUGGCACUGUGAGGCCAGAACAGGGGUCGAUGGAGUACCGCAUAGUGGGCUUGGUUUUCUACGCCUUCAUCUUCAUCAUCGGAGUCAUAGUAAACAUCACUGCAAUAUGGGUGUUUGCGCUGACCACUAAGAAGCGGAACUCUGUCACUGUCUACAUGAUAAACGUGGCGGUGGUGGACCUCACCUACAUCCUGCUGCUUCCUUUCAGGAUGGUCUACCUCUACCAGGACUACUGGCCUUUUGGUGACAUUUUCUGCCGAAUCAGUGCAGCUCUCACCAUUUUUUACCCCUGCAUGGCUCUGUGGUUGUUUGCUCUGAUCAGCGCUGACCGCUACAUGGCCAUCGUGCAGCCAAAACAUGGCAAGGAGUUGAGGAAUGUCCCAAAAGCUGUGGUGGGUAGUCUGGGGGUGUGGAUCAUGACGUUCGGCAGCACAAUGCCAUUGUUUUUCACUGAAAAAGACCCUGACCAAAGCUCUAACUUCACCACCUGCCUCAAGAUGCAGGACAUCAUCUACAUGCGUCAUGACAAUCCUGUAAACUUUGUGAGACUCAUCUUCUUCUUCCUGGUGCCCAUAUGUAUAAUGAUCGGCUGCUACAUUGUCAUUGUAGACAAUCUAAUCCAUGGACGCACCUCUAAACUCAAACCUAAAGUGAAGGAGAAGUCUAUCCGGAUCAUCAUCACCCUCAUUAUCCAAGUGUUGGUAUGUUUUGUGCCUUUUCAUGUGUGUUUGGUGUUUCGUUUGCUGCGGGAUGAUGAAGAUGGGGGGUUCAGCACAUGGGCAGUCUUCACCACAUUCCUGAUGAAUCUAAGCACAGUCUUGGAUAUCAUUCUAUAUUAUAUUGUCUCCAAGCAAUUCCAAGACAGGGUGAUCAGUGUGAUUCUGUACAGGAACUACCUACGAAGCGUAAGACGAAAGAGUAGGCACACACACACUGGUAGUGUCAGAUCAAUGAGCAAUCUGACCAGCGCUAUGAUAUGAAACUUCAUUCCAAGCAGCUCUCUGAUACUGUACUGAGCCGAUACUGUGCCUACUGUGCAUGCUUUGGCACAAUGUAAGGCUGAAUGCAUCACUGUGUACUUUUCAGAGUUAAUUAUCAAAAGGAUCCAAAAAUUGCAAUUAAUUUUCAAGGUGUAAUUUACACUCGCAGUAUGGGAGUGCUGCUGUUGUGGCAAAAAACAUCUGUGUUCAGAGCUGAUUGACUCACCCAUGAGACUUGAGAUGUUUUGCAUGCAUCUUUUCUCUGGUACACAAAGCACGGGUGUCUGUGGCUCAGGUGUGAUACAUGCAGGUGAAAAUAAACCUCCUAAUCAUUAAAUAAAAAACAGCCCACAGUAUCUUAGCGUCUGUUUCUGUUGUGCAUAACAAUUGAAACUCUUUUCAACCCUCUGAGUGCGCCAGCUGAGAAGCAUGAAAGGCCUCAUAGCCUCCACAGGAAGCAGUGGUGUGUUCUUCCACGUUGUUUCAUUUGUUAGUCAGUCAGCCACAUUUGAAGCUCUGCCUCUAAGUUCCACAUAGACGAAAUUAGCAUAUGAGACCAUCGGUGAUUCAUGAUGUCAUGCACAUGCGGUGCAAAUCCACCACAUUUGUCUGAGUGCAGCCAUUUUAUUAUGUAGAGUUAAGACUAACCUCUUAAAGAAGGACAUAAUUACAAAACACACCACAGGCCUUCUAAAGGUUGCUGUAAAUGUAUUGACCAGGUGAUGGCAGCAUGGCACAGCUAGAUACAAUCUAACAGCCAGAGCUUAACAGCCCAGUGCUUUUUAAAAACUUUGUUAAAGUGAAUUUUGUCUUUUACACUUUCUUCUGAUAUAGUUCUUUGUGUUGUUUUUGUACUUACGCACCUUACAAGUGGCACUAUGAAAACAAAAUCCCAGUUUUUCCAGUUAACAACAAUCUUUACAUCUUCCUCAACCAUGAAUCUGACUAAAAUGUGUUUAUGGUGCAAUGUGAAUAGUAUUGAUUAGAUGUUAAAUGAUUCAGUUGCUUGGAGUGCAUUUACAGUAACAUGCUCAAGAGAUGUCAGAGAGGCUAUUUACAAGAUUUACUGCAACCGUAACCUUUAAACAGAAAACCUUUUCAGCGCAGGGACAUUUCAGUGUCAGGCCUCUGCUGCAGGUAUAAAAUGCAAUUUAAUCUUAAUGUAUUCCUCAAAUAAGAGAGAAGUAAUGAGUCAGAGCUGAAUGUGUGGCAGUCAUGUCACAGAGAAGAGGCUGUAAAUGACAAAAAUGCAAAAACUUUUAAUGUGAGGCUCUCUUGUAAAUACUUAAUCACAACAUUUUUUUUUUCUUCAACAUGUGACCAGCAUGAAGUGAAAAAAAUAUGGAUUACAACAACAUUUCAUUAAACACACUUUAGAAAACUAAGUUAAAUAUAUAUAUAUAUAUAUAUAUGUAUAUAUAUAUAUACAUAUAUAUAUAUAAAAAGCAACAGCAAAUUAGAAAAUACAACCUAAAUUCUAAAACGGAAACAAUUCACUCAUCACAGCAACAUUUCUGCAAACACAACAACACAGAAAACAGAUCAUGAAUUCAGCAAAUACAGGACACCAUGAAGUCCAAAAACAUUACACAAAAUGUGACAAUAUUUUAAAAACAGAUGAAAAGAUUUCUCCAAAUACAAAAACAAACCCGAAAAGAAAACAGUUUGUAACACACAAAGCAGCAAAGAAAACAAAACACAACACACCAUUUCAGAGGACAAAACAUUUAACUUCACUAAACACAAAACAUGUUUAUAUGUUUUGCAAAAACAAUUUUUAAUUUCUUUGUGCCUUCAGUUUGUUUUUGUUUCUAUCUUGUCUGUGUCAUUUUUAUUAUUUCUUGAAAUGAAAAUGCAUUUUUGCUUUCAUUAUUGGUGUGUAUUGUACCAUAGACGCAACGUAACAACACGGCAGUACCUACAUACAACAUAACUCAAUGUAACUGGUUCACUGUUGUAUUUCUUUCAGUUGGACAGUUGUUGACCUUGUGUUCCAACCUUAUGUAAUAAAGCAGCCCUCAGAACUGUCUGAUCAAUGGUAAACAGAACUAAAUAAAAUGCACAGUACUGUGA